AUGGCACAGAACGGCGAGCCCGUGAUGCGAAGGAAGCUGGUCAUUAUUGGCGACGGAGCUUGCGGAAAGACUUCUCUCCUGAGUGUUUUCACUUUGGGAUACUUCCCAACUCGCUACGUACCCACCGUUUUCGAGAAUUACGUCACGGACUGCAGAGUGGACGGCAAAUCAGUGCAACUAGCGUUAUGGGAUACGGCUGGCCAGGAAGACUACGAACGGUUACGGCCGCUGGCGUAUUCUAAAGCUCAUGUCAUCCUAAUCGGCUUCUCUGUCGACUCCCCAGACUCUCUAGAAAACGUUAAGCACAAGUGGGCCGAGGAGGCACGAGAACGAUGUCCCGGUGUCCCCAUCAUCCUCGUCGGCCUGAAGAAGGAUCUUCGCGAUGACCCGCUUGCACAGGAGGAAAUGCGAAAGAAGUCCCUUAAAUUCACGACGACCAAGGCCGGAAGCGACAUGAAGGAAAUUAUUGGCGCACGGAAGUAUCUCGAGUGUUCUUCCCUAACUGGCGAUGGUGUCGACGACGUAUUCGAGGCCGCCACCCGCGCUGCACUUCUCUCCGUCGACAAAAGUGAAUCGGGCGGCUGCUGCGUUAUCUUGUGA